CGGCAAGGUAUGUGCGUGAUUUUGGGCCCACGUGUAUUUCCAUUAAUUUUAAGCCGUAAUUGUCGUUUUUGGCGGUUUCGAGUUGAACUGCGUUAGUCCGUGCGCUGUUCGCAAGUGUGCGGCUCGUAUUUCGACCGAAUUCGGAUCGAUUCCUGUGAGAGUUCGCCAAAUGGCUUCUGUUUGUGAUGGGAAUUCGUGGGGCGACACACCGGAAACUCAAUGGAUACUGCCCAAGAAGCUAGCCCAACCUGCUUCAAGAUGACCAUCCGCCCAGCAUACAGGCCCAAGAUCGUGAAGAAGCGCACCAAGCACUUCAUCCGCCACCAGUCGGAUCGAUAUGCUAAGCUGUCGCACAAAUGGCGCAAGCCCAAGGGUAUCGACAACAGAGUGCGUCGCCGCUUCAAGGGACAGUAUCUGAUGCCCAACAUCGGUUACGGAUCGAACAAGCGCACCCGCCACAUGCUGCCCACCGGAUUCAAGAAGUUCCUGGUGCACAACGUGCGCGAGCUGGAGGUCCUGCUCAUGCAGAACCGCGUUUACUGCGGCGAGAUCGCCCACGGCGUCUCCUCCAAGAAGCGCAAGGAGAUUGUCGAGCGCGCCAAGCAGCUGUCGGUCCGCCUCACCAACCCCAACGGUCGCCUGCGUUCUCAAGAGAACGAGUAAGCUUAAGAUUCUUGAGAGUUCUUGUAACGUGGUCGGAAUACACAUUUGUAAACGUUAAUAUACCGGACUUUUAGUUAAAAAAUG